AUGGUAGACCAACAUCAGCAUCUCGCUGCGCAGCACAUGGGGCCGUCGCCGCUCGACACACUGGCACAUACCUCUCAAUACGCCGCGCUGCAAUUCCAUCACAAUCGCCAUGUUCUCCCCAGCGGCAAACCCAUGGUCAAGCCUCACCGCCUACCCUAUGCCAACGGUCCCUUGGCCGCAGCCCCUCGAGACCAGCGCACAGCAAUGCUCCACGAGCGGGCGGGACGGGCUGCAACUUCAGGCCCUGUACGACGCCGCAUCAGUCGGGCGUGUGAUCAGUGCAAUCAGUUGCGGACCAAGUGCGACGGCAAGGCGCCCUGUGCACAUUGUAUGGAAUUUGGUCUCACGUGCGAAUAUGUACGAGAGCGCAAGAAACGCGGAAAAGCUUCGAGGAAGGACAUUGCCCAGCAACAAGCGGCGGCGGCAGCGGCUGCAGCAGCUGCAGCAAAUGGCACUGCUGCACCGUCUGGCGACUCGGCAUCCGGUAGCCCUCAGUCGCGAAGCAACGGCCUUUCCCAGGACCACAAGGCGGCUGAGCCGGCACAGAAUCGCGUCGAACCUACUGAACAGCGACCUUUGCCAGAUCUCCCGCCUCCCAGCCUGCCCCCACCCAACCGGUCUGCAAGCAUGUCAACGACUCGCGCCAUGGAUGGGUCGUCCAUGUACCAGAACGUCACGCCAAUCUCGCGGACCAUGAGCCUUGGAGCUAUUGAGGCCAUCCCUGAACACGGUGUCCACCACCAAAUGGGCGUGUCCAACGACGGCAUGGGCCCGAUGCAACCUCCACGAUUACAGACUCAAGGUCUAACGAUGCACGCCCCUAUACCGGAGUACGCGCCCAUGGACGACUUCAACCGCAACCUCAUGCAACAUUCCCCGCAUCCCAUGAUGCAGCACGGGUUGCACCCAAUCAUUCAACCCAACGGUCUCCCAGAAUACUCUGACAGCCCUUACUCCAUGAUGAGCCCACAGAGCGCGCAGGCUCCACCAGCCGCCUUCAGGAUCCCGAGUGCAGAGUCACCUUUGCCUGGCUUCAUUGGCCAAUCUCCAGUCUCCGGGUCCCCUGGUUGGAUGUCUCUGCCGUCGCCCUCGACCUCCAUGUACCAGACCGCACAUCACACCAGUGCCUCUCAACAACAAUUGAAGUACCCAGUUCUGCAGCCGCUGAUUCCUCAUCUCACCAACAUCAUGCCGAUCUCGUUGGCGUGUGAGCUAUUGGAGCUUUACUUUCAGAGUUCCUCAGCAGCCUUCAUGCAGCCCGUAUCCCCGUACGUUCUGGGCUACGUUUUCCGGAAGCGCUCGUUCCUGAGGCAAAACAGUCCCCGCGUCUGCAGUCCGGCAUUGCUCGCCAGCAUGCUCUGGAUCGGUUGCCUCACGAGUGAGUCUCCGUAUCUUGCAUCCUCGCCAUCUGCUCGGAGCCAGUUGUCGGAGAAGCUCAUCAACCUGACCAUUAGCCUCCUUAAGCCGCUUGUACACGCCUCACCUGGAGAAGAUGCCAGCCCCACUUUCAAUCAUCCAGUCGUGGGAGGCGGUACAUUGACUAGCUUCGGUAUGCCCGCACAGGACGCUGAAAUCGGGUUGCCGGGCGCACCCGGUGGCUUGGACGACGUCGCUACAUACAUGCAUUUGGCAAUUGUCAUAUCCGCAAGCGAGUACAAAGCCGCAUCACUGCGCUGGUGGAACGCUGCAUGGUCGUUAGCGAGAGAAUUGAAACUAGGCAAGGAGGUCCCAAUGACACCACCGCCGGAACAUGGCGACGAGGACGCGCCGGGAGAGGUCGAGAUGGAACACAUGCACGGAACGCAACCGAAUGGUCAGAGCACUCCGAUCAAUCUCACCGAGGAGCAACGCGAAGAGCGCAGAAGGAUAUGGUGGCUGCUGUACACCGUAGAUCGCCACCUAGCUUUGUGCUAUAACAGACCACUGUCACUUCUGGACCUAGAAUGUGACGGUCUGCUUCAACCGGUAGAUGACUCCCUCUGGCAAGCAGGCGAAUUUUACAAUGGGGACUCCGCUCAAACGUUUUCAGAUUCACACGCCCCUCUACGACGACGAGGUCCCUCUUACGAGUGCACCGGACACAGUAUAUUCGGAUUUUUCCUACCUCUCAUGACCAUACUCGGGGAGAUCGUCGACCUGAACCACGCCCGUCAACAUCCUCGAUUCGGCCGAUUCCGUAACGGCUCCGAUUGGGAUGAUCACGCAGCGGAGAUCACCCGUCAGCUGGAAGCCUAUGGUGAGACGCUGCAAGAGCUAAAGUUGAGGGCUACCAAUGAAGCCAGCGCAGAGGCCGCACACGAAUCACUGCAUCCUGGCACGCCAUCUGUGCGAUCUGUGAACUCGUCCACCUCCAGGGCGCAAGAGUCGUUGAUGAGGGCCAAGAUUGUUGUGGCAUAUGGGACGCAUCUGAUGCACACCCUUCACAUCCUUCUCAACGGCAAAUGGGAUCCCAUUUCGCUCCUGGACGAUAACGAUCUGUGGAUCUCGUCGCAAUCGUUCAUUGAUGCCACGGGCCACGCAGUGUCCGCGGCAGAGGCGCUCAACGACAUUCUGGAGCUCGAUCCCGACCUCAGCUUCAUGCCCUUCUUUUUCGGCAUCUAUCUCCUCCAAGGAAGCUUCCUGUUGCUUUUGAUAGCCGAUAAACUUCAGGGCGAAGCCAACCCCAACGUCGUCAAGGCUUGCGAGACGAUCGUGCGGGCGCAUGAAGCCUGCAUCGUCACUCUCAACACCGAGUAUCAGGUGAGUCUUCGUUCCUUCUUCAUCCGCAUUCAGCCUUUGUUUCAACGGCGACCAAAUUCUCCGCAUAAUCUCUCCGAAGGCUGGGGACCCGGCUAUCAGCAUCGACACGCCCUCUUGGCACCUGGCUCUCGGGAGCUUCUCUCACACUUCCCUCCUAGUCCCGAAAUGAGAUGGAGUCAUGCUUACCAAACAUUCUUUUUGCAGCGAAAUUUCCGGAAAGUCAUGCGCUCGGCCUUGCAACAGGUCCGCGGCAGAGGCAUGGAUGACCAUGCCGAGUUUGCGCAGCUGCGGCGUCGCGAGAUGUUGUCGCUCUAUCGGUGGAGCGGUGACGGCACGGGCCUCGCCCUCUAG